ACCUCCGUGCAGGAAGGAUGCUGUGUAGUAGAAAGAGAAGGGGGCGGAAGGGGGAGGACUGAGCAGCUCCCCUGUCACACUACGUCAGUGGCCAUCACAGGAGCGCACAGGAGCCUCUUUCUGCCGAAGGAUCCGGGUGACUCCCUGCACCGAGAUUAUCCCUGUCACCCUAAAAUGCGCUGACCUUCUAACUCCCAAAGGUUUGGUGUCUGAGUGGCGACCAGCAGCAGUGCAGGGAGCUGUCCAGGGUCCUGCUUGGAUCAGUCCGCAGAAAUCCCCAGCGCACACCCAUGUGCUGAUCUCCCCCGUUCUCUGCAGCGUCUCUCCACCACCUCCGAGCAUCCAAGAUGGACGACGACGGGCGCUACCGAGAUGGCCGCUCAGACUUCAUCCGCGGCGCCAAAGACAUUGCCAAAGUUGCCAAGAAGCAGGUGGGCAAGAAGGUAGGACGCGGCGUGGACAAGAUGGCGGAUGAGUAUGUCAAGCGCUCCUACAAGCGCUUUGAAGAGGAAGACGAUGACGACGAUUAUGCAGGUGUGCCGGGCAACGAUGGCGGAUAUUAUCGGAACGACAGCCGAGCCAACGAUGACGAGGGCCACAGUGACUCCACCGAAGGGCACGACGAAGAUGAUGAGAUUUAUGAGGGAGAGUACCAGGGCAUUCCACGGGCCGACUCUGGGAAGGCAGGCGGCAUGGAUGGGCUGGCAGUAGCCGAGGCCCAGCAGUUCAGGGACCUGUCGGCCUUUGAGGGCGAGGUGAAGAAGGAUCGGGAGGAGCUGGCCCAGCAGUACGAGACCAUCCUGCAGGAGUGUGGCCACGGCAAGUUCCAGUGGACACUCUACUUUGUUCUGGGACUGGCGCUGAUGGCGGACGGCGUGGAGAUCUUUGUGGUCGGCUUUGUUCUUCCCAGUGCGGAGAAGGACAUGUGCCUGUCGGAGCCAAACAAAGGCAUGCUGGGUUUGAUCGUGUACCUGGGGAUGAUGGUCGGAGCCUUCGUCUGGGGCGGCCUGGCUGAUCGGAUCGGCCGGAGACAGACCCUCCUCAUUUCCCUCUCUAUAAACAGCGUCUUUGCCUUCUUCUCAUCCUUCGUCCAGGGCUACAGCUCCUUCCUUUUCUGCCGCUUGGCCUCUGGCGUCGGCAUCGGUGGCUCCAUCCCGAUUGUGUUUUCUUAUUACUCGGAGUUCCUUGCCCAGGAGAAGCGUGGAGAGCACCUGAGCUGGCUCUGCAUGUUCUGGAUGAUCGGUGGUAUCUACGCCUCCGCCAUGGCCUGGGCCAUCAUCCCACACUACGGCUGGAGUUUUCAGAUGGGCUCGGCCUAUCAGUUCCACAGCUGGAGAGUCUUUGUGCUGGUGUGCGCCUUCCCGUCUGUGGCCGCCAUCUGUGCCCUCAGCACCAUGCCUGAGAGUCCGCGCUUCUACCUGGAGAAUGGGAAACACGACGAGGCGUGGAUGAUUCUGAAGCAGGUCCAUGACACCAACAUGAGGGCCAAGGGUUACCCAGAAAGGGUCUUCUCUGUGACCACCAUUAAAACGGUGAAACAGUUUGAUGAGCUGAUGAACAUGGGCGAUAGUGGAGCCUGGCAUGAGAAAUGGAGGCUAAAGCUCUCCGCACUUUUCCAUCAGGUGUGGAGAAAUUUCCAAACAAUUUUCUCCCCUGAGUACCGGCGCACCACCUACAUGAUGAUGGCCGUGUGGUUCUCCAUGUCCUUCAGCUACUACGGCUUGACAGUGUGGUUCCCUGACAUGAUCAAGUACCUGCAAAAGCAAGAGUACGCCUCGCGUACAAAGGUCUUUGUCAAGGAGAAAGUAGAACAUGUCACCUUUAACUUCACUCUGGAGAACCAGGUCCACCGUCAGGGGCAGUACUUCAGCGACAAGUUUAUGAAUAUGAAAAUGAGAUCUAUGGUGUUCGAAGAUUCGCUGUUUGAAGAGUGUUACUUUGAGGAUAUCACCUCCAGCAACACUUUUUUCAAGAACUGCACAUUUAUUGCCACCCUCUUUUACAACACUGAUCUUUUUAAAUACCGUCUGAUCAACUGUAAGCUCAUAAACAGCACUUUCCUGCACAACAAGGAAGGCUGCCUGCUCAGUGACGUCAGUGAUGAAAAUAAUGCCUACAUGGUCUACUUCGUCAGCUUCCUGGGUACCUUGGCAGUGUUGCCAGGUAAUAUCGUGUCUGCGCUCCUCAUGGACAAGAUUGGACGUUUGAGGAUGCUUGCCGGCUCCAGCGUCAUCUCUUGCAUCAGCUGUUUCUUCCUGUCUUUUGGCAACAGCGAGUCAGCCAUGAUCGCUCUGCUCUGCCUGUUUGGUGGGAUCAGCAUCGCCUCCUGGAACGCCCUGGAUGUGCUGACGGUCGAGCUCUAUCCGUCUCACAAGAGAACUACGGCUUUUGGCUUCCUCAAUGCUCUGUGUAAAUUAGCGGCCGUGCUGGGUAUAAGCAUCUUCACGUCAUUCGUUGGCAUAACCAAGGCCGUGCCCAUCCUGUUUGCCUCGGGCGCACUGGCGGCGGGCAGUUUUCUCGCCCUCAAACUACCAGAGACGCGGGGUCAAGUGCUCCAAUAGUGUGGCGCGAGCAGCUCUGCAGACGGCAGCAGAGUUUCAGCCACACCGUGAAGGAAAAAGCUAAAAGGUCCAUCAAGUCCCGCCCUCUGACACCCCCCACCACCCACUCACCUACAUUCACACUAAAACAGUAAACUACGACAUGAAUUUGUUGAGGUGCAACAUUUGGCCAUGAGAGUAAUCCUCCCUUAUAAAGGUUAGUGAUGUUGCUGCAUCCUGAUAAUUCCUGAAAAAAGAUGUUUGUUGAUGUUUACCAAGAUCUGGAUAGGAAAAAAAAUACAGAAAACCAACGUAGGUGUAACCUCAUUAAGUUUCGUCCCCCUCAGUGUAAAAACAACCAAGGUUGGAGGUCAGCAACGCAAACAGACUCAUAGAAAUGACCACUAACCAUCUAGCAGAGUUGUCUGUAUUCACCUUCAUUCUUUUGAGCAACAUCAACUCACCUUUGAAGUUGUGAGUUCUUCAUCCUUGUUGGACAUCUACUCAAAAAUGCAACAAUUUCUGCCUUGAUUGGAAGCAUUUUUGACUCUGGGGGGAGGGGUAACACCAAGACGUUGCUGUCUUGGCCUUCCUUACUCUUUCUCCUGAGGUCUUGUGUUUGUGUCUAGACUUACUGCCAUUUUGUAGAUAAUAGAACAUUCCGGGUUUCCUUUUGGUAUUGUUACAAAUCGGAGAUUAAUCUCCCUCCCUUUAUGGCAUCACUUUUGAUCACACUCAAACAGGGAUAGGAUCGAGACGAGUUUUCUGUGUAUGUCCAUCUGAAGGACGAGCAUUUGUCGUGAGUCAGCAGUUUCCCAAGGAAAACGUUCAGAUUCUCCCAGUUAGUCCUCAUUCCUGUCAAACUGUAUUUCCCUUUGUGAGAACUGCCUUUCCCCCUUCUCCUUUACAAAUAUACAGGAUGUUUGUCUUUGAGAUGUUUUGGAGGGUGUUAUGCAUGUCACAAAGUAUGAACUGUAUGUAAACUUGAAAAUCCAGACUAUAACAUGUAAACAAAAUGCUACUACAUUUGCUCAUAUGUCUCUGUAGUAUUUUGACAGGACAUUGGUUCUAUAUUUCUUGGUACCUUUAAAUAACCUUCCCAGGUGUUUUAGAGCACACUGCACAAAACAUUGGCUAGCUUGAAACGUCUGAAAGACGAUAGUGAAAGAUGACUCGCAAGAAGACUAAUUUUUAGGAUACUUUGUUGCAGCCAUGUUUAGUCUUCUCUGAGAGAUAAACAUUUAUAUUAUUGUGGGUCAUCUCUGUAAUUGAAACAUUGAACUGUGGUACAAUACUAACAAACUGCUGUUUCUUUAUUUAGUCUGCUGUCGUUCCACAAAUGCAAAUUAUUGGAAUGAUAGGGAUGGAGCGGUUUGAAAAAAAAACACGGUUCGGUUCGGUCCCCAUAAAUGAGAUGUGCCACCAGAAAAGAUUGCAUUAAUGCUAAAACAUUGUGCCCGUGCCAUCUGUUUGACCUUUUCCAAACGUUCAGCACACAAAACUUCAGUUUUCUGAAAUGUAUGUCCUGUGUUUGUUGUGUUACCCAACUCUCACAAUCACCGACAUUCUUUUUUCAUAAACUUCAUGAAUUCUCAUACCUCUGACGUGUCAAAUAGAGUGAAGCUCAUUUGUAAUCAUCAUCCACAUUGGCAAAAAGGCUGUGAAUCUUUUGCUUAAAUCCUAAUGCUUUAUCCAACCUUUUUAAUUAGAAGCUGUUUAAAAGCUCCAGAUAGCAGAGCCUAUUGUUUCCUACCUGACACUCUCCUCUUUUCAGUGUCGGUAAAUACCCGUUAGCCUCUGCCUAGACGAGCUAACACACUGGGCGUGCUGCUGCUAGCAUUAGCCACAUGUGCUGCUCAGUGUUAGCCUCUGGUCUCAGUGUAUCUUCUGCACACACUUGCUCAGUAGCUGUUAUCAAAAAACAACAACUUGGAGUUGCCUUUAACUUAUUUUACUAAGAGAGAACAAUACGCCAUACAUGCGUUACAUCAAUUUAGCGUAACAACCUGCCAUUUACAUGGGAUACGGUAGCUUGAAUGGGACAACUGAGGUGUAAUCUCCUCUAAUGAUCUAAACGUACACCUCUUAUCAAUGUUUUUGUGGGUACUAUGUAACUAUGAGUAUGGCUGUUGCUCUCUGCAAUUUCCCUAAAGAUUUAUUCUGCUAGAUGGGACAUUUUAAUAUGCAGUCAGAUUUUGUCUUUACUCAGGCUUCAGCAAAUGAAAAGCAGAGAGAUAUUAAAUUACAUUUAUCCUGAAAGAACUCACUGCCAAGUGGCAAUUAUCUUAUAUUCAACACAAGAAACAACUCUGCAUUCCCACAUCCUUCUGAUGAAAAGAGCUGUGAUCCUUAUGGUCACAGGUGUUUGGGAAAAGGAAACAAAAAAUUUCAGACAAUUUCUUCUCUUCCCAACUUCCAUUUUGUAGGAUAGCAGCCAUAUGUAGUCUCCAGACCAUUGAAUAUAUAGCCAAACCACUGCACUUUGUGUGCAUUGUGCACAACUUUGAGAGCCUUGAGUUGUUCGACACUCACCCCGAUGCCCGUUUUGCUGGAAAAGCAACAAAGAACCAGGGGAACAUUUAUUUGAAAGCACAACCAUAAUCUACCAAAUGAUGAUUUUGUGAACUUGAGUGCAGUUGUGAACAUGCUGUGUAGCUUUACACAUUCCUGCACAAGGAAAACGACCCCUCGUUUUGUUUUUGUUUACUUUACAUUGAUCUAAAUUCAUCCCCUGAUCCACUGUCUGUUCGUGUGCCAUGAACACCAUCUCUCAUGAAUUAUUGCCAAAUAUUUUCUGUGGCCUGAGUUUACACAUUUUAACAUAACAUCUGCUAUAGAUAUAAAUAUAUAUGUAAAUAAAAUGAACUAUGAUAGAACUAAUAGGAUUUUCUAAUUAUUUGCCCCCAUGGUCUGGACAUUGAAGUCAUUUCUUUCUGUUGUGCAUGUAGAGCAGGAACACUUUUACUUUCUCUCUGAAACUGAUCCAAAUCGCUGAGUUUCACAGUUCAGGUGCCCUAGUAAUAAAGCUCUGGCUUGCAAAAAAAAAAAAAAUCCCUCAGAAGCAAAAAUAAAUAACGUGUUGCAAAAAUGUCCAGCAUAUCCUCUCAGAAGCACACUGAUGAAACACAAAUCUACACAAGUAAGAAAUAAAUUCCCUGCCAACUGCCCCAUGUCACACAUGAAGUUAAGAGCAAAGACAAGACAGCUCUGUUUAGCAGAGAGUUUUGUUAAAAUGCUAACAUGACAGUUCAAGCACAUCUAAGCCUAUGUUACAGGGUGUUUUUGUAUAAUUAACCAGCUGCCUGGGCAACAGUCAAUUGUAAGUGCAAAACGUUAACAAAGCAAUAAGUGUUUGGGUGUUUGUGUCUUACAGAGUUGUUGGUAAUUGAAGCACAUUACCACAUGCCGUUCUUUUCCACUGAAGGGAUUGUUCAGCAUAAGUGAAGUGAGAUUGUGUGGGCUAGCGCUGAGCUGUUAGCAUCUCAUCUGCAGCAGACGGCUGUCGGAGGGAUCUCAGUGCAUUCUGGUGGACGAGUCAAACUAACCGCCACUCUGAGCAGGGAAGAGUAAAGAGAGAAUUCACACCAUCUCAAAUAAAUGUAAGUCUAAACUUUUCUAUAAGUUGGGCUUGUCUAAGAUUGAGAAAAUUCCCUUUUUAACAUUUCUGCUCUUUGAAGCUCAUAACUUGACUCCAUAAACUUUCCUCCCUGAUUCUUUAUUCUGAGAUCCCUCUGACUGUUGCCUUUUUCACGUAACAAGCUGACAGUUCAGAACUACUCUGCACAACACUACAACAAAAAUAAACACUCUCAUUAAUGAAGACAGGAAAUAAUAAAAAAAAAAACUAACAUUUGUGUGUGACUCUCUAAAAUCACUCUUGGUCUCGAGGCUUCUGUCGAUAAACCUGCAUCACCAUAAAUUAAAUGUAACAAAGAAUUAUCACCUUUGUCACUGUACUGUGCUGUAGAAAAUGUAGUUGAUUGUUUGUAAGUAUAGAAACUGUGGAAUCAAAUAUAAAAAAAAGUGAUAAAAAAGUGUAAAUGAACAAUGCUGUAUGUUGUCUUUGAUUUUGUGUAUUUUGUAAAUGAGAAUGAGAUAAAACACUAAGUAAAAUCAUCAAUGCCAGACACCAGUUACGGAUCUUAGUUAGACUAAAGGUGGCAGAUGCGUUUUUUGUUUAGAAGUGUGUGAGAUUUCUCCAUGUUGAUUUUUGAUCAGGAUUGCACUUUGGUGCGACCCUUUGGAACUAUGACAAAAGGUUAUGAAAAUAAUGAAUAAUAAACAAGUGGAAAAGA